AGAGAAAAAAGAAAUGUCACUAAGUUGCCGGGCUUAGACUCAAACAGGGUCAGUAAAGAAAUGAUAGACAAAGCCCUCGGGAAACACAUUACCCCCGUCACCCUGAAAUCCACUAUCAAAAGCAACCCCUUGUAUAGCGAUAUCCAGGUGGAUGAUGAAUUGGAGGAGAAGAAAAAGAUCCCUUCCUGGACUGUGCAAGACUAUGACAGACACUCGCUGCACUCUAACUUGGCCAGCCAAAUAAAGGAAAACCCUAACGAUCUGCAGUUCUGGAUGGGGGAUAUUUAUACUCCUGGGUAUGAUACCUUGUUAAAAAAGAAAGAGAGAGAGAAAAAGCAUUCCAAAUGUUGCCGAAUCAUCUUGCUCAUGAUACUAGCUGUUUGCAUCCUAACUGCCACAAUCACACUCAGCAUUUUACUUACUUAGUACAGCCAAAUAAUGUUGAUGGGAAUGUUUUCAAUAAAUAUUUUUUAUUAAGGUA